GGCAAUCUUCUUGUCCACGGACUCUGUCCUGGAAUCAACCUUGAGGACAAGACGGAUAAGUUAUGGCAGCUUUUCCCUCCAGGGGUCGCCACAGCAAAUGAAUGAAUCGCUUCCAUCCAACCCUCUCUUCUGCAUAUGAAUACUGAAUAAAGACGAGACGUCAAUGUCAUCACUGAAAAGUCCACCAGUCCAUGACCGAGUCUACAACGUGGACGUGAUAUGGUCCAUGGGCUCAGAGCGGCUGGAGAUGCGCAAGAGACAGAUGCAGGUCCACCAGGAAGCCGCCGCCAGUGUCCUCCAGGCCCGCCACAGGAUGGGGAACACCCCCAGCAACGCCUCCAACGCCUGCUGCUUCUGCUGGUGCUGCUGCUGUAGCUGCUCCUGUUUGACCGUUCGAGGCGAGGACGAAACAAUACAGAGGUCGACCUGCGAUCGAAGAACCGAAGGAGCCAACAACUGUGAAGAAAGCCCCAAACCCACCCUGGAGGACGCACGAUCUUGGACCACGUCCUUCGAGAAGGUGAUGAAGAGCGCGGCGGGGCGAAGCUGCUUCCGUCAGUUCCUACGCACAGAGUUCAGCGAGGAGAACAUGAUGUUCUGGCUGGCCUGCGAGGAGCUCAAGAAGGAGACCAAUAAGACGGUGGUAGAGGAGGAAGUGCGGCAGAUAUACGAGGACUUCAUCUCCAUCCUCUCGCCGAAAGAGGUCAGCCUGGACUCCCGCGUCCGCGACGUGAUUAACCGCAACAUGCUGGAGCCCACCUCGCACACCUUUGACGACGCCCAGCAGCAGAUCUACACGCUGAUGCAGAGGGACUCGUACCCGCGCUUCAUCAACUCCACCGCCUACACGGAUCUGCUGAAGAGCCUGGAGGAGCCUUCACCGCCCAUUCCUCCUCCGCCUCCUCCUCAGAAGCCAUAGAAGCCUCUCCUUGGCACUCAAAUAGCUUUAAAAAAUGGCGCAUGUGUCCCCCCCCCCAGCGGGGGGAGUUCCUGUUUUAGAGGCAGACGGGAUAAGCCAGCUUGUUUAUCCAUCCACGAUUCGCUAAGCUAACUAGAAGAAACGAAAGUCCAGGAUCAGAACAUAUCUCUAUUUUUAUAUCCUCCCUAGCGCUUCUCCACAUUGCACUUUUCUACCUUGCUUCAGACGGCCAGCAUGCGUCUCCCCGCCCGUCUAUCUGGGCGUGGGCGCCGCAUCGUACCCGCCCAUCUAUGUGGCUGUGGGCGCCGCAUCGUACCCGUCCAUCUAUCUGGCCGGGGGCGCCGCAUCGUACCCGUCCAUCUAUCUGGGCGUGGGCGCCGCAUCGUACCCGUCCAUCUAUCUGGCCGUGGGCGCCGCAUCGUACCCAUCCAUCUAUGUGGCCGUGGGCGCCGCAUCUCGCUGUGUUUAGGUCUGUGGUGAGCCUUAACGCGUGUCCCGUUGUCGUAGGACCUUUCGAUGUGACGCCAACUUAAGAGGAAGGAAAGUGCCUUGGAAUAAGAUCUUCUACACGAGCACCUUUGGAGCUACCAAGACGAGGUGCCACAUUGACUUCGCAACACGUUGGUGCUUUCUGCUCUUCUCCAGCUUUCAUACCUGGGAAUAAUCAUAGGAAAAAUUUGAAGGAAUAGAUCUCCUGCGUGCGUUUCAAUACUGUGAUCAUUUUCAAAAACAAGAAAAAAAAACAUGGCCGCCGCUCUAGUUGUGUAUUGGGGAGGUUUGUGUGAACCCUUCAAAUUGUCACCAAUCAAAUAAAAGCACAAUCAUGUUGGCUUCUGCUGUUGCCGUGUAGUAAACAGACAUUCAAGCCAGGGGAUGUUUUCUUUGAAAAUAUGUAUUUUCAUGAUUUGUUCAUGAACGUUCACUGUCCUACAAUGUUUGCGUUUGGCCCAAAAGGGAGGAUUCAUAACAGCAAGAAGUAAAUAAGACAACGUUGAAAUGAUAGCAUACGUGAGACAUGGUAGCGAGAAGCGGCUUCCUGUGGUCUGAUUUGUGAAUAGUAACAAAUAAAGUUGUCUAUUAUUAAUAUUCCACAUGUAAUCAUAAAGAAGAAAAACAACAGUAGUAGCCCUAGUUAGUCCUUAGCUAGGAAAUGGCUUUUAGCAUCAACAAUCAAGCUAACGUCACUCUACCGUAACAUUGACCAUCGCAUGGCUCCAAGUCGGG